AAUGCGCAAGUCGCAUGACUGUUUGUGCUGCAAUUCGUUAGUUCUUCUGGUUGCCUUGGAAACAAAAAAUAAUAACAAACAACAAGUUACGUUUUUCACUUCACUUCCGGUUCAUUUAAAUUUUUAUUGUUUAACUAAUGUAAGAGAACAACAUAAAUGACCAAAGAUAGACCUAGUGUUUGGACCAAAUAGCUCGGAGCAUUAACGCCUUAUAACAUUUGCCUUAUUGUAACGUUCAAAAGAAAUUUAAAGAAAAUAAUGAAACGCAUUUAAAAAUAAAAAACAUUAAAUCGCAGUAAAUAAUUUGAUGUAACCGGAAACCAAAUAAAUAAAACAAUUGCAACCAGUUGCCUUUUUAUGUAAACUAAACUAGUCAAAACUCUAUAAAAAAUAAUCUAAAUUAUUAUAUAAAUCAAAUAUUUAUAUACUUACUAAUAUAUAACUAUAAGAUCGACAUCAACUAUUAUGACCACACGUUUAGCAACGCAGCGAAAUUUUUUAUUAAGAACUCCAACGGCAGUUGCAACAUCCGCUGGACGCUCUACUAUUAUAUUAGAUUCAUCGACAGAUUCGCCUGAAAUUAUCUCCGCCGAUGACGUGGCAGACCUUGCUACCGAAACAAUUUUAACCAGUUCUCAUAUCAAAAACGAAGAAAUUGCCAUCGAAACUGCUACAUCCGAUUCACAAAAUGCAGAAUUCAGUUAUUUGGAUGAAGACGCCGUUGUUGCUGCUGCCCAUUUGGAAGAUGUUAUGACACAGCAAAUUAAAAACACUGGCGAUCCAGAGGGGGUUGCUAUAAUAAGUGUUGUGGUUCCCAUGGAGGCAACUGAUUCGAAUAGCGAAACAAGCGCCAAUAUUUCCGAUUUAAGUGCAAUUAAAGAUAAUGUAAAUCUAACCCAAGUAGCGAACGGACAAGUAACCUUAAUGCAAGCCCAACCAAGUGAGAGUGAUGACGCUACGACGCAGUACAUAACAGUAACAGGUGAAUUAAAAAAAUAUCUUUACAUAAUAUAGUUUGAUAUAGUUAGGUGAAUUAUCUAUAUAUAAUA